GCUGUAGAGUUCUGUCCUCAGUUCUCAGAUCAAACUCCUCCAGACUGAGAGAACUGAACCUGAGUGACAAUAACCUGCAGGAUUCAGGAGUGAAGCUGCUCUCUGCUGGACUGGAGAAUCCACACUGUACCCUGGAGAUACUGAGAAUAAACGGUUAGGAAGUGAAAGUGAAAGUCGUCUCCAUUUUGUGUGGAGGGGAAAAUACAGCAUUUCAGGAGUAAAAACGCAGGGUUGAUUUAACACACCGAUGUUGGAGUGAAGUAAACGUGUGUCCUGCUGUAAUCUGGAGAAGGAGACAUGACCUCCAACAUGAGUGUGUCUGGAGAACAGGACUUAAAGAGAGACGAGAGAAUGAUGGAGGGAAAGAGAUCAGACUCACCAGAACCCAGCUGUGUGUCCAUGAAGAGUGACGCGUCAAUGAAUCGUCCAGUUCACUUCAGAGACGGAGCCAGUUCUCCUGAUGUGAGACCACAACAGAAGACAUCAAACCUCAGCAGAAAUCAGCUGGACUCCAUAUUCAAGGAGCUGGAACACAAAGUCAUCACUCUGAUGAAGAAUGAACUGAAGAGGUUUAGGAAGCUCCUGAGUCCAGAUUACCCAGCAUGCACUGAGAGGGAGUUGGAGGAUGAGGAGGAUCUGCACAGUGUCAGAGAGGGAGCGCUGAAGAUCACACUGCACGUCCUGAAGAACAUGAACCACACAGAUCUCGCUAACACACUGCACAACAAGUCUGUGGCCCCUGUGUAUCAGACAAAGCUGAAAUCCAGCCUGAGAGAGAAGUUUAAAAGAAUUAAUGAAGGAAUCUCACAGCAUGGAAGCUCAGCACUUCUGAAUGAGAUCUACACAGAUCUCUACAUCACAGAGGGUUGGAGUGGAGACGUCAAUAAUGAACAUGAGGUGAGACAGAUUGAGACAGCGUCCAGGAGACCAGCAGCACAGGAGACACCCAUCAAAUGUAAUGAUCUCUUUAAAGACAAGUCCAUCAGAAGAGUGCUGACUAAAGGAGUUGCUGGAAUUGGAAAAACAGUCUCUGUGCAGAAGUUCAUUCUGGACUGGACUGAAGGAAAAGCAAAUCAGGACGUCACCUUCAUGUUUCCACUUCCCUUUCGAGAGCUGAAUCUGAUGAAGCAGAAACAUCUCAGUCUGAUGGAUCUUCUUCAUCACUUUUUCCCUGAAAUGAGAAAACUACAGUUAAUAGACUCCUACAAAGUGGUGUUGAUCUUUGAUGGUCUGGAUGAGUGUCGACUUCCUCUAAAUUUCCAGAAGAAUGAGAGACUGUGUGAUGUGACAGAGUCGGUCUCAGUGGAUGUGCUGCUGACGAACCUCAUCAAGGGGAAUCUGCUUCCCUCUGCUCACCUCUGGAUAACCUCUCGACCAGGAGCAGCCAAUCAGAUCCCUCCUGAGUGUGUAGACCAGGUGACAGAGGUACGAGGGUUCAGUGAUCCUCAGAAAGAGGAGUACUUCAGGAAGAGGAUCAGUGAUCAGAGCCUGGCCAAUAAAAUCAUCUCACACAUGAAGUCUUCAAGAAGCCUCUACAUCAUGUGCCACAUCCCAGUCUUCUGCUGGAUCUCAGCCACUGUUCUAGAGAGAAUGUUGGGUGAAGCAGAGAGUGGAGAGAUCCCCAAGACUCUGACUCAAAUGUUCACACACUUCCUGAUCUUUCAGAUCAAACACAAGGACCAAAAGUACCAUCAGAAAUGUGACCCUGAUCCUCAGCAGACCACAGAGAGUAUCCUGGCACUGGGAAAACUGGCUUUCCAACAGCUGGAGAAAGGAAACCUGAUCUUCUAUGAGGAAGACCUGAGAGAGUGUGGCAUUGAUGUAAGAGAAGUGUCGGUGUACUCAGGAGUGUGUACCCAAAUCUUCAGAGAGGAGUUUGGGCUUCACCUGGGGAAGGUGUUCAGCUUUGUACAUCUGAGUGUUCAGGAGUUUCUGGCUGCUUUAUAUGCAUUUUUCUGCUUUAUUUUUAGAAAGACAAAUGUGUUAGUGGAGCAAAGCACUGGACUUUUUAAUUUCUUCAGAAAGUCAGACAUGUGUGAUCUCCUCAGGAGUGCAGUGGACAAGGCCUUACAGAGUGAGAACGGACACCUGGACCUCUUCCUCCGCUUCCUUCUGGGUCUCUCACUGGAGUCCAAUCAGACUCUCUUACGAGGUUUAAUGCCCCAGACAGGAAGCAGCUCUCACAGCACACAGGAAACAGUCGAGUACAUCAAGGAGAAGAUCAGGGAGAAUCCAUCUCCAGAGAAAUCCAUCAAUCUGUUCCACUGUCUGAAUGAACUGAAUGAUCAUUCUCUAGUGCAGGAAGUACAGACUUACCUGAACAGAGGAGGUCUCAGUCGUCUCAGUGGAACCAGACUCUCUCCUGCUCAGUGGUCAGCUCUGGUGUUUGUGUUACUGAACUCAGAUCAGGAGCUGGAUGAGUUUGAUUUGUGGAAAUAUGACCCAUCAGAGGAAUGUCUUCUGAAGCUGCUGCCAGUGGUCAAAGCCUCCAGAAGAGCUGUGCUGUGUGUGUGUGAUCUGACAGAGGAAAGCUGUAGAGUUCUGUCCUCAGUUCUCAGAUCAAACUCCUCCAGACUGAGAGAACUGGACCUGAGUGACAAUAACCUGCAGGAUUCAGGAGUGAAGCUGCUCUCUGCUGGACUGGAGAAUCCACACUGUACACUGGAGAUACUGAGGAUGUGGAACUGCAGGAUUACAGAUGAAGGUUGUGCUGCUCUGGCUUCUGCUCUGAGGUCAAACUCCUCAUCACACCUGAGAGAACUGGAUCUGAAGGGUAAUAAUCCAGGAGAAUCAGGAGUGAAGCUGCUCUCUGAUCUACUGAAGGAUCCACACUGUAACCUGGAGACACUACACAUUAACUAUAAUAAACUCACCAGGACUGGCGUAUGACGGGAGUCUCACCUCAAACCUCUUCUCCAGGAUAAAGCAGUCUCGGUGAAGAGUUAGAACCCGUCCCACAUUUCCAGCAGUUUGGGAGCUGAAUCAUUAAACUUAAAGGGGCAGAGCAGAAACAAAGUCAAGAACAGGCAGAAGGUCGUACACAGGAGAAAUCAACACACGUAACCAAAUAUCUGCUGUACAAAGCAACGGCUCCGAUCUGCCCCGGGGAUGGAGACUGACGAGGCUUAAGUACACGUCUGGAAAUGUACAGAAAACUCAUCCCAAAGCACGAGGCGGGAGCAGGCGUGUACGAGAUGUGAUCGUCCAAUGGCACAUUGCAGUGGACUGGGCUUAAAAGAGGAGGAGACAAGACACCCAUCCCUCCCCCGACAUAGACACACGAAUGGAACAUAGUACAAACAGAAAUACAACUGAGGACGUAACAAUGGCCAAGUAUCAAAUAAAAUGUAAACGUGCAUUGAUGAAGGUAAUGUUGUUAGUAAUUGUUUAUAAAUUACCAUGGUAACACGGAGCUCCAAGGUAUAAAAAUAUGGAGUUUGUCAUCAAUCAAACAGUAACCAGUUUUAAUACCUAAAAAAGUUUACGUAGCAAAAUUUAGCAAAGCGCUUUACAGUAAAUUAAAAUGUAAGAUUAAACUAAUGAAAUGUUGUGCAGCACAUGCUUAUGUUAAUGUUUGUUUCAUUAUAUAAUCAUAUAAAUAAAUAAAUACUCCCAAAGUCACCAGAAUUGAAAGCUUUGGUGCUGUUAAACAUUUAGAGAUUGAGGCUGUGGUGACUCAGUAGUUCACUCAGUAUAUCUGGGUAAGACACAGUGAACGACUCACUGCUGGCAUUCAUGAAGACGUCAUAAACUCCACUGGAAUAAUAAAUAGGAUCUAAUAAAACCAUGAGUGGAAAUUAUUGGUGUAAGUUUGUUAGGAUAGACUUCCUCCAACCUGGAACUAUAUCCUCCAGUCCACGCGGUGGCGGUAACGCGCCUAACAGCUGCGUCUCCGACCAGUAGAAAUCACAGAAGAAGAAAAAGCUGCAGCGGGUAUCUCCUGAGCAGAUGAGUUAUUACACCGAACUAAUCAUCUCCAGAUUAAAUUAUUUCUGACAGUUUUGCAGCUAGAUUUGAUCCAGUUUAAAAGUAAAAGCUGGUUAUUUUGUCUGUGUUUGUGGAAUUAAAACUCCGUUCUGUUUUUAAACCCGAGUACCUCAUCCAAGUUCUGCAGAUGUUCAUUAGCCCCUGAGACUAAAAUGUCAUCCAGAUAAACUGUGACGCGUGCGAUGUCUUGCAGAAUCCCUUCUAUUGUGCACUGGAAGAUCGCUGGACUUGAAGCAACUCCAAAUGGUGGCCUGUUUGUCCAAAGCCCAGGCUGACCCCCCACCCCUUCAACCUUUGCAGCAAUGCUGGCAGCACUAUUUCCCAAAGACAACCUCUGGAUAUGACGCUGAGCACGUGCACUCAACUUCUUCUUUGGUCGACCAUGGCGAGGCCUGUUCUGAGUGGAACCUGUCCUGUUAAACCGCUGUAUGGUCUUGGCCACCGUGCUGCAGCUCAGUGUCAGGGUCUUGUGUCCAAAGCCCGUGGUGGUGGAAGUGCAUGGCGUUUGUGUGGAAGCAGGUCUGUUGGGAGUGUUAAGUACCAUCUCAUACACUCAGCAAACAAUAUGGAUGGAACUUUCCAGAGUUGUGGUGUCACUUUUCCUGCAAAGCUUUAACCAUCAGAGAGUUAUCUUUUACUGGGGCUUUUAGUUGCAGGAGACUGAAUUACUAACAGUUUUUUUUGUGGAUCUGAUUUCUUCUUUCGCAGGAGUGGAUCUAAUCACAGCCUGUGAUAUUCGUCUGUGCACACAGGAUGCCUGGUUUCAGGUGAAGGUAUGAGGAACAUUAACUUGCCAUACAUUGCUGGCUUACAUGUUUACACCAAGAUCUGUAAACAAGCUAUUUUUGUCCAUAUGAUCACUAUAGAGAUGGUAAGUGAUGAGAAGAUAAGAAUGGGCUGAUUGUUCUGACUCGUACAAGCCCCUAUGAAAGAGUUGACCACAAGGGGGCACACUCUGAACAAUUAUUUACAUUUGCAGUUUGUUGAAGAUUAAAUAAACCACAGUGAGCAUCAGAUGUCUGGUUUUAAUACAAAGUGGACUAUUUUAUGAUAUUACCAUCUUGUCAUUUAUCAAAGAAGAACUCCAAAACCUGAAAUUUGUUAAUUUUUAGACAGAAAAAUUCUGCAGUGUAGCUGUUCUAGUGGGCUUUCACCCUGGAAGUUUAGUCCAACACAGAGCAGUUUGCAUGAAAAGUUGGUAAUGUGACCGUCGUAAUGUGGACUGGGAAGUGCACUGCGGUACCGAACCCGAGACUACCUGUAGAAGGUGGUCAGAGUUCGGUUACACUGGAACUGUGAAUGUGAAUUGUCCCAUGAAUGUGAACGUAACUUGUAUCCGGGUCCGCACUUGUUCAGGAAGGAGAGUAACCUGUGCUGAAGGCCUGUUGUGGUGAUGACGUGUCAUGACACGUUUUGGCCCAAAUCUGCAGUAACUUUGAAAAAGUGGAAGCUCCUCUGAAUAUUGUGGAGUUUCUUGAUUUUGUGUUAAUUUCUGUGAUCACAAAAUGGUGAAAUUCUGGACUGACACAUGGAAGAUAUGGAAUGAUAACAGAAGAAUGUGACUUUGGGUUGUACUGUGUAUUUUUUUCAUGUAGCUUCAUUAUUUAGUAUAAAUGAAGGCAAGUGUGUGUUCUGUUCUUCAUCUCUGCAGUCGUGUGUUCCCUGAUAGUCAAUGAUUGCUGGAGCUCUGGAAAUAGCAGGUGAGAUUGCAGGCCGGAGUCGCAUCGCUGUCCAAGGAACCAAAAUCAACCUCCUCUACUCCUGAGACCACAGUGUGACUGAGAGCCUAGACUACAUGGCUACUUGGAACAUGAACAUGUUGCAGACACAGGAUCUUAUGAAGUCAGCGCAGGCAGCCCUGGAAAAGAAGAGUCCGAAAGACGUGCCCUUCUCCAAGCUUUAAAGGAGAAGAUCCAGGGCUGUUGAAGCUGUGGUGGAACUGAGACAUCAUCAUCCACAUAUCUUCAGUUCUUCUUGCUAAGUCUGUUUCUUUUUAGUCUUUUUAUUUUUAGACUGGUCAAAAGACUGAUUAGUGGAAGUGAAAUGAUAGAUGAACUUUUAAUUACUUGCUUUAUUAUUUGCAGGUGCCUUGUACAGUAAGACAGGGUAACUAAUACUCAAAAGCUUGGUUUGUGUGUUAACAUGUACAGUAGAUGGACAUAUUUUUUCUGGUGCUGUGACUGCAGAAUGUAGUGCAGUUAACACAUUAAAUUUCCUUGGAUGCUCACUUUUAACUCGAGGAGGUCACAGUUUGCCCAGACAUCUUUUUUUAAAUCCGUCAAUCCGUCACCCACGCGUCAUUCUGGGGGACGAAGAGGAGGAAGCUGGACAGAUAAAUUUAUUUAUUUAUUUAUCAUUGCUGUGUUUCCUCAAUCGAGUGCAGAAAGAAGAAAAACAACACAACUGAUUUAAAAUAAAAAUAUAGAAAACAAUCUAAUGUAAGGUUCUGAUCCGGUUUGCUUUCAGCAGGAAGGCUGUCCUCUUUCCUGUUGCUCUUUCUCUUCUAUUAGUCCAUUUGUCCAGUCUGAAUCGGUUUUGAUUCGUUUCGAGACGAUUCGGAGUCGAAUAAUUUUCUAGUGAGAGUCGCACACUUCCAAACGAACUAGACUGAGAUGAGUAUUUGAUUCUCACUAGAAAGUGAUUCGACUCUGAAUAAACUCGAAAUGAAUCAGUCAAACUGAUUCAGACUCUAUAAAAAGGACUAUGAGAUGUGAUUAAGAUAUAUAUUCCAAUGUUUUGCUUUACAAUUCCAUUGUGUGUGUGUGUAUGUGUGUGCGUGCGCGCGCACGUGUGUUUUUCAGGAGAACGAGAAACUCGGACACAACAGUACAUCCUGACCAUUGGUACUGUGUACACAUCAACAUACACACACGUCUCCAUGCUGGACAUCUCAGGAGCUUUCACACAGUGCUAGGAAUAUCCCGGGACAGAGAAACGCACCUUCUAAG